ACAAAUUUUUGUAACGCAUUGCUCUGUGCAUGCGAAGACUUUCCAGCUCACAACAAGCUACCCAGCGUCAAGUGGCAUUUCACAAUACAUCCACAUUCCUGCGUCGAAUGCAGAACCCUCGAACCAAGCAAGCUCUUUAGGUGUCAUUCAAAGCACAAUUCGACACCAUGAGUCGUGCCACAGGCGAUGAAACAGCCCAAGCAGCGAGAACGGCUUAAUUGACCCAAAUGUUCUUCAGACAAGAACUACCCAAAGGCAGUCGCGUCCUCAGCAUCGAAAGCCACGGCAUCAGCUUUUGGGGCUCCACCUACCGGAUCGAUACCGAGCUCGCCGACGGGCGCCCUCAUUCCUUCUUCAUGAAGGUGCUCCCCGGUGGCGAGCGAGCCCGGGACAUGGUGCGCGGCGAAUUCGAGUCCAUGAAAGCGAUCUACGCCGUUACGCCGGACUUCGCGCCCCAGCCUCUCGACUGGGGGCCCCUGCAAUCCGACCCCGACCAGCACUUUUUCCUCUGCGAGUACCGCGACAUGAUCAGCGAGAUGCCGGAUCCCGACCAAUUUGCCGCGCGUCUCGCCGCCCUCCACAGCAGGAGCGUCUCCCCGACGGGUCGAUUUGGGUUCCACGUGGUCACGCACAAUGGCAACCUGCCGCAGAGGACGGAGUGGGAGGAUAGCUGGGAGGUGUUCUUCGCCAAGAGCCUGCGGCACGCGCUCGACCUGGAGAUCCAGGCUAAGGGCCCCGACCCGGAGCUCGAUCGCCUCGCGCCUGUGAUCUUCGAGCGGGUGAUCCCCCGUCUGCUGCGACCGUUGGAGAGUGAGGGCCGGUCGGUGAAGCCGGCCCUCGUGCAUGGGGAUCUCUGGUACGCCAACUCCGGGGUGGAUGUGGAGACCAACCAGUCUCUGGUUUAUGACGCUUGCUGCUUCUAUGCGCAUAACGAAUAUGAGUUCGGUCAAUGGCGCCCGAUCUGCAAUCGGUUUGGAGAAGAGUACCUCGCUGCAUAUCGGUCUUAUAUCCAAGUUUCCGAUCCUGAAGAGGAUUAUGAGGGACGUCUCGACCUGUAUAAGUUGCGAUUUAAUACCCACGUAUCUGCCCUCUUCACAGAUAAUGAAGGGCUUAGAGUGCAAAUGCUAGGCGACAUGAAAGAUUUGAUUCGGCGGUAUGGUCAAGAACUCGACGCUAAGCCACUAGUUCGAGCCCGAGUAUAUUAACUCGAGCUAUUCCGAGUCAAUAGAUAAGAGACAAGCAAUGGAAGACAAUCC